UAGUGAUCUGUCAUUCUCUUUCCAUCAUCCAUCACAGUGUCAGUGUCAGAGGCAGAACCGAGCGAGAACUGAGUUCAAAAAUUUGUCCCAGAGUUAUAUCAUCACUUGAUAUAAACUAUUUCGGUAGAUUUUUAGCCUCGACAGGUCUACAGAACGAUGGCUGCAAGACGUUUCCUGGCAUCCUUUUUCCCAACUGUGAAGGCACAGGAGGAGGAAAUUGUCGACCCACAGGUCGUUCUACGGGAAAAGUGCGCUGAACACGGUACGGCUCCACAGCUCUGGGAAAAGUACCAGGCCUGCAAUGACCGCGUUAACGGCCGAUCGAACACCACCGAAACCUGCGUUGAAGAACUGUUCGACUAUUUGCACGAAUUGGACCACUGUGUAACGAAGACCUUGUUCUCCAAGCUGAAGUAAACGUCCUCGGGGCGCUUGCGGUCAAACAAAUGGGGACGAAGAGGCUUAGGAUUACUCAUUUAGUUUAUUGUUAUGUCCUCUACUAAUCGGCGGUUACCUGGGACACGAUCCACUGCGGUGUCUAACAAUUUUGGUGAAAUAGUUGGAAAUAUGUUCAAACAACUCGGAAAAUAAAGCCUCCCAUCGGACAUGA